AUGUCUUUCAACACCACAGUACUUAUCACUGGCUCCAAAGCCGGUAUGGGACGAGGCCUGCUUUCAACAUCCGCCUCUCGCCCGAACACAUUGGCCAUCGCAGCCAUUCGAGACGGCCCGGAUUCUGCCGCCACCAAUUCUCUGAGGUCUCUACCUGUUAUUACUGGCAGCAAAAUCGUCGUAGCAAAGUACAACACCGGUUCAAAGACAACAGCAGUCAACCUCGUUACAUACCUCAGAUCAACCCACAAGAUUACUAGUCUCGAUGUUGUUGUUUGCCCAUGCCGGUACACUCAAACACUUUGGCCCAGCAAAAGGAGCUUCUGCAGAGACUGUCAUAGAGCAUUUCGAGGUCAAUUCCCUGGUUCCGACCCUGUUGUCCCAAGCCACACAAGCUCUGUUGUCCGGGCGCCGACCACUAUGAGAAAUACAGCAGCAGCAUAUGCCAGCAUGUGUCCAGAUGAUAUUCCGGUCACGCUCAAGGACAGUAUCAAAGGACUGAUGGUGGUGUUUGAUAGGGCUGACAAAGCCAUGUACCGUGGGAAGGUUUGGGACCACAAUGGGGUCCAGAUGCCUUGGUUGUCUGAUAGGUAG